AUGGUCCAGAGUCUGACAUACCGUCAGAGGCUGUCCUGCAAUACAGCCUCUAACAAAACUGGGCUGUCUAGAACUCCUGGUAACAGAAUUGUUUACCUUUAUACCAAGAAGGUUGGGAAAGCACCAAAAUCUGCAUGUGGCUUGUGCCCAGACCGACCUCGUGGCGUUGGUGCUGUUGGAACUAAAGUUCUAAUAAGGUUGUCUACAAUGAAAAAACAUGUCAGCAGGGCCUAUGAUGAAUCCAUGUGUGCUAAAUGUGUCCAUGACAGGAUCAAGUGUGCUUUCCUUAUUGAGGAGCAGAAAAUCGUCGUGAAAGCAUUGAAGGCACAAGCACAAAGUUAG